AUGCUUGCGGCGCUACCCCGGGCCCUGGCGCGGCUCGCGACAGCGGGAGGGGGGCGGGGCUGUUUGGGUGGGGGGUCCUGCCACGUGUACUGGGGGAUCACAGGUGUUGGGGGUUGUGGGGCCCUGGCCCUGCUCCGUCUCCCUGCAGCUUUCUCCCUGUUCUCCAACCAUGCGGCGGAGGCUGGUGAGGCAAGCGCGGACACCGAGGAUGCCAUUAUAACCCUGCUGAAGAAAGCCAAGCUCAGCGUCACGACGGGCGAACUGGAGGAGGCAGAGAAGCUUCUGCACCAAGCUGCCCGCCUGGCCCAGCAGUCGCAGCACAGGCAGGCCAUCGUCUACACCUACACCAUGAUGGCGAACCUGGCGCUUCUGCGAGGGCAGCUGGACAGUGCAGAGAAACUCUUCAAAGCAGCAAUAAGCUUCUUGCUGGCUGGGGACACUAAGCAGGAUGACAACGCGAUCAUCGAGAUGUCCCUCAAGCUGGCCAGUAUCUAUGCUGCUUGGAACCAAGACCAGCAGGCUCUCGCAGGCUACAAGUUCUGCAUCCUGACCCUGGAGGAGAAAAUAGCUGCGCAGAAGGACUUGCCUGAAGACGUCCUCCCUGCAGAGAAAAGAGCCAACACCCACCUCCUGCUCGGAUUGAGCCUGGACUCCUACGGCCGUUACCUCCUCACUCGCAACCAGCCGACUGUGGCCCAAAUAAUGUAUGAGAGAGCCCUGCAGAUAUCCAAGGACAUCCAGGGAGAGACCCAUCCACAGACGGUGGUCCUGAUGAGCGACUUGGCGACCGCGCUGGAUGUGCAGGGACGCUACGACGAAGCAUACACCUACGUGAAAAGGGCAGCAGAGUUGGCGAAACAGACGAAGCAUCCCGAGGAGCACGUGGUGCUGAACAACCUGGCUGGAAUUCUGAUGCAUAAAGAAGACUUUCUGCAAGCAAAACAUGUAUAUGAAGCAGCCCUGAAGCAGGCACAAGAGAAGGGAGAUGAUGCGUCUGUCCAGCACAUCCAGAAGCAGCUGGCCAAGCUGGCCACGUGGAGAAAGGCACAAACCCCAUAGGUGGCAAUGUACAGAGGUAGCUUGAAGCAUCACAGGGGGCCAGGAGGUGGCUUGCGCACAGCACAGGCAUGUUGGGAUCUGGGGGGAACUAAAAGGACAAAUUACAGGCUCAGUGCUGAGUGAGCAGGGGAGUACGGGAGGUGUUGCUGUGGCCUUCUUUUGUCUGGCCCCAAAUAAAGCAUUAACUGUUAUAGAUGCCCAAGUGAGUUCUCUUCUGUACUUUGCCUGGCCUGAGGUUAUUUAGUAUACGUCUCAGCCUCUGACCUUUGUAUUCUUGUGCUUAAAGGCAUCCAAAAAAGAAAGCUUAGCCUCCCUGGGGGAAAACACAUUCUGCUUCCAAGCUGGGUCACAGCUUGGGAGGAACGUCUAGGUCAGUCCAUGCUUCCUGUCGGCUCUCUUGCUCAUACUGCACUAACAGAGCCACAGAACUAACUGCAGCAACUUCCUGCUGCAAAAGAAAAAUCGUAAGUGCUUUCUGAGCCUGAACAGAAGGCGGCUACUUCGUGUUCUACCCCAGCAGGCAAGGAGCACGGGAGAUGUGAUAAAAUAACAGUUACCCACACAAGUCUACCUAGGCUAGCAGAGCUAGCACUGGUAUUUUGGUGACUGCUAAGAUGCUGAGGCAGCAACUAGUUAAGAAGCUGUUCUUAGCUAGUGAUCACAGCUCUGUUUAGUUGUACAGCAGAGCAAUUAUGCAUUCAGCCCUGGUCCUCUGUAUUACAGUGUGUCCUGCAUUUCUUCAGUGUGCAUGUUCACUGAAGAGCCCUGACAGUUGCAAGGAACUGAAAGCCCGUGCAUUUCCUACCACACUUACUGGAGGAUGAAGCAUCUUACAGGUGCCCAAUGCACAUGUCUAACUCUGCUUCCAUGUCAAAGUGUCACAUUGCUGUACUUUAACUCUUACCAUGGCAUAGGAGUGGAGGGAGCUCAGAGCUCCAUGAGGCUGCUUCCAUCAUUGCUGUACAAACUUGUGCCUACUGUUAUCAGCUUGGCUAGAGGCUGUAAAUGAGAGGGAGAGACAGGCAAAGCAAGUGGAGAACUGAUCCCCUUUAUUGAUUGGUCUGAAUCCAGAAGUCACUGUCUACUGAAGACAUUGUGUGAAAAAAGUAUUAAAUUUUAUCAUGACACAUGGGUUUUUCAAGUCUUGAAUGUUUUCGUAUCAGAAUCACC